CGCUCCCACUCCCACUCCCACCCCCACCGGUCCCGCUCCCCCGACGCCGGCCGCCACAAGCGCCGCCGCGAGGUGUCGCCCGUCGCCGACCCGAAGGAGGACAGGAAGCCGGACCCCCCCUCCGCCCUCAAGGCCGCCGAGGAGCCGGCCCCGGUUGGUGACGGGGACGUGGACGCCGAGGAGCUGGAGAUGAUGAAGAUGAUGGGGAUCCCCGUCGGGUUCGACUCCACCAAGGGUAAGUACGUCCCCGGCGCCGACGUCAGCGGCGUGCGCGCCGUCACCAAGCGCCAGCCGCGGCAGUACAUGAACCGCAGGGGCGGGUUCAACCGUCCCCUGCCGCCCGAGGUCAACCGCUGAGGAGGAUCAUGUAUCAAUGCAGUAUACCUCGUUGCCGGAUUGCAAACUUGCAGUGGACUAUUUGACUUCUUCGCCGGCCAUAGCAAGGGUUGAGCUUCUACUGUCUACCAAGCAUGUAUAACCUUGAUGGCUAGUUACUUUGCCAAACUUUGAAGACUAAAGACAUGUAGUUCUCGUUUUCAUCAUUUGCUCUGUCGACAAUCCAGGAAAAGAUAUUGGUGGCGUGUUUUUGGAAAUGUGGUUUAGAAAUUUACAUGAUGUUUCUGCACAUAAUUUGGUGAGCAUCAAGAGCAAUGUUUGUGUA